GGAAAAUUUCACGCAGGCAGAAAAUGAUGAUUGUCAGUAACGGUGUUCAGCCUUACAUUGUUCAAACUGGAGUCAGACACUGAUGGAGAGAAUCAGGAGGAAGUUACAACUUAUAGAAUGCAACUGCACGCUUCUGAACGGUAUUCCUUGAGCUUGCGGCUACAUGGUGAGGAUGGCAGCGAAGUUUUGAGAGUGCAUGUGCUCAGUCGCCGCCCCGCGGGUGAAGAUGCGGCGGUCCCCUGGAGGUGAUGUAGCGCUUGUCCACGCCGCUGGAUGGCGCAGUUCAGGACGCUGCGCGCUCAGACGCCAUCAUGAUGAGGUCGGAAAUACGACAACGCAGAGAAGCAGCAUGACGAAAAGAAGUAUUCCAGUCCAAGGUCCUGCAAAGAUUGUAUCCUGCAGCCCAAAAGCAGAGUGUGCUGCAACAUGAGCAGAGCACACCUGUGCCACCUGCAGAAAGACCUCAGUCCAUCCCAACCAAAAAGUCAGGUAAUGUGAAAAGUACAUCUGUAGUACAAGGCAAAAAGCUCUACACUGUACUUCCUCCUCCUGAAGGCUACCUGAUCACUAGCGGGAAUGAUCCUGUCACACUGUCCAAUACAGAAUCCAUUGACUCUGAGAACAGUCCAGUCGAGAAUGGAGCCUGAUGCUUUACAACCCCUUUGUAAUAAUUAUACUGUGAGAAAGUCCAUAAUCCUCCUCACCAAUGAGCCAUUUUUGGAUCUUUCAGACACAGAUGACCAUGAGUUACAUAAGAGGAAAAGGAGGAGGAAGAAAAAAGUGUCUCCCAUUACUACAGCCAAGGUAUCCACCCCUCCAGCAGAGGGCGCUGUUCAGGGUCAGACAGAUGCUGUACAUGCCAGCAAUGAAGGGCACACUGGAAGCUCACUGAGCACAGAGAGGCUCAGCAAGAACAGAAAGAGGAAGAUGAAGAAGAAACGUCACAAAGAGAAACUCGUCGCUCUUGGACUGGUGCCUCAUGUGAGAGCUGUUGAAUUCACAUAUGCACAGAGUGGACAUGGAAAUUUAGAGGAGGUGCUUGACUUACUUCGUACCACACAGGAGAUCUACCUCUCUGAUCGCAAGUCCUCUGGCUCCUGUGAAGAAAGCGGCCCUUCUCUCUCCCUCCCUGCAGCUGAGGCUCUAUUCUCUCGUCUCUCAGGUGGGACGCUGCCCCCUGCUGAGAUCUCCAGGCUGUGUGGACUCAGGGCUGUACUGGUGAAUAAUGAAGAGCAGUUAAAAUCACAGCUGCAAGAAUUCAUGGACGCAAGCAUAUUGCCUGAAGAUGAGGCUUCAGUGGUAUGCACUCUUAUUGAGUACUGGCUGACCGAGAUUCUGCCCAUACAGAGAGAGCAGAAGACAUGAUGCCCCCAGAUUCAGAGCUUAAGAGGAAAACGACUGUGAAUAACCAGCAGGUGUCUGUUUGUAAUAUCUCAUUAUAAAAGGGAUCUUCAGUCAAGCUGUUUUAUAGUCAAGGAGUUCAAGAAACUCCUUCAAACAGCAGCAGCAACAAUUUGGAUUCCUUUUGAAGACCCAGAAUGAUAUUCUGGUUUAUCUUGCAUUCACAUUAAUAAUUAUUUAUGAAAAAUAUAUUUUUUACACAUUUUCUGCUGCUUGUUCUUUCAUCAUAGGGCACCAAUACACUUUGAUGUGUUGCUCCAGACAGUAUGUUUCUGCAGUCCAAACACUAGAAUAUUGUUAGUGACCAUGAUGCUGGAUCACCUUCAACAGCUCAUUAUGAGGAGUCUGUGGUUUAGCCUCUUAGCAGCUAAUUACAUUAACAUCAGAACGUCAGCAGCCCCUCAUUAAUCUCAGAGAUCUUUAGAUCAUGACAUUUAAGCUUUUACGCACUAGAUUGACAAUUUCCCCAAAACAGCCUCAUUUAUGUUUUUUUGUUUGUUUGUUUGUUCGUUUUCUUUACAUUUAAUGAGCUACUCUGGGGCAUCAAUGUGACGAGCCACUGUGACUAUCUGUGUGACUACAAAAAUAUGUCUUAGUGCAGCUAUUAAGAUAUUUAUUAAAGUUUUAUUUCAAUUCAUGAAAGAAAAAA